AAUACCCAUGAUUGAGGAUUAAUGCGCUGGGCACCUAUGGACCCUUCCAAAUGCCACAGGCAGCAAAUGCCAAUGGGGUUUCCCUUGCCAACCCUGAUCUAUUCCCAGAACACAGAGUUCAGGCUGAUAGGAGUGUAGGUGGAGGGAACAGUGCCAGAUCUAAUUUACUUGUCAUGGCAUCUUCCUCUGGUUAGAGGCAGAGCUCAGUCCAUGCCAGAGCCAGCAAGUGAAUGGGUGCGCUCUGUUAGUAGUGCCAGCCGUUUGUAAUUGAUCUCUGUGCUGUGAGCCAAGUGAGAUAUUGGGAUUCAGCAGGGAUAAUGCAGUCAGAUCUCUGGGACAGGUCCGUCAUGUCUAAAAGUGGGAAGAAGCUGACGCAGAAGCUGAAGAAGAACCUGCCGGUGACCGGCCCGCAAGCCCCCACCCUGUACGAGUUGAUGCAAUGGUACUGCCUGAACACUAACACCCAUGGGUGCCGGAGGAUCGUUGUAUCUAAGGGACGGCUGCGCAGGUGGAUAUGGAUUGUGCUGACCCUGUGCGCCGUGGCGCUAAUCUUCUGGCAGUGUGCGCUGCUCCUGAUGUCCUACUAUAGCGUUAGCGCCUCUAUUACUGUCACAUUCCAGAAACUGGUCUUCCCCGCUGUCACCAUCUGUAACCUGAACCCCUACAGUUACAGUAAAAUAAAAGAUCGCUUGUCUGCACUCGAAAGGGAAACCAGCCAGACUCUUAAAAACAUUUACGGAUUCACUGAGCCUCUGGUCCGCAGUAAGCGCGACGUGGAGGUCGAUGAGAACUCUACAGACAUAUUCAUCAAACAGAUUCCCCUAUAUCGACUGGAGAGUGUCCAAGGCAACCAGCUGGUUGUAAGUGACCUUAAAACCAAAAAGAGGACCCGAAUGAGUGCCAAGGUCAUACACAGAGAUGCAGAAUCAGUUCAAGAUCCUGGAAAUAUGGUGGGCUUCAAACUGUGUGACCCCAACAACAGCUCUGAUUGCACCAUAUUCACCUUCAGCUCUGGAGUCAACGCCAUCCAAGAGUGGUAUCGUCUGCACUACACCAACGUCCUUGCUAAAAUUUCCAUGGAAGACAAGAUCGCUAUGGGCUACAAAGCUGAUGAGUUGAUAGUCACUUGCUUUUUUGAUGGCCUGUCCUGUGAUGCCCGGAACUUCACCCUCUUCCAUCACCCCUUGUACGGAAACUGCUAUACCUUUAACAGCGCAGAGAGGGGAAAUUUACUUGUUUCUUCUAUGGGUGGAGCGGAAUAUGGACUCAAAGUUGUCCUUUACAUUGACGAGGAUGAAUACAACCCUUACUUGUCCACAGCAGCAGGGGCCAAGAUACUGGUGCAUGACCAGGAUGAAUAUCCCUUUAUUGAAGAUUUGGGCACAGAACUUGAAACUGCUACGGAGACUUCAAUAGGGAUGCAACUGACUGAAUCUACAAAGCUGAGCGACCCAUACAGUGACUGCACCAUGGAUGGGAGUGAUGUCUCGGUUGAAAACCUGUAUAGUAAAAAAUAUACUCUCCAGAUCUGCCUGAACUCCUGCUUUCAAAGAGAGAUGGUUCGCACGUGUGGCUGUGCUCAUUAUGACCAACCCUUGCCCAAUGGUGCAAAGUAUUGCAACUACGAAGAGUAUCCCAGCUGGAUUUACUGCUACUUCAAACUAUAUAAGCAAUUUGUGCAAGAGGAGCUGGGAUGCCAGAGCGCAUGUCGUGAGUCCUGCAGUUUCAAGGAAUGGACGCUAACACGGAGUCUGGCUAAGUGGCCCUCUUUAAACUCCGAGCAAUGGAUGCUGCGAGUUCUGUCUUGGGAACUGGGGGAGAAACUAAACAAAAAUCUUACCAAGAAUGACCUAGCAAAUCUUAAUAUAUUCUACCAGGACCUAAAUAGCAGAUCCAUAUCUGAAAGUCCUACAUACAAUAUUGUAACUCUGCUCUCAAAUUUUGGAGGGCAGCUUGGCCUGUGGAUGAGCUGUUCUAUGAUCUGCGUGCUUGAGAUUGUUGAAGUUUUCUUUAUUGACUCAUUUUGGGUUGUCCUGAGACAACAAUGGCGCAAGCUUUGCAACUGGUGGAAGCAUCGCAAAGAUAAUCAAGAAGAAGAUUUCCCUGAAAUCCCUGUACCAGCCAUGGCUGGGCAUGACAACCCACUCUGUGUUGACAACCCCAUCAGCCUUGGGGAAGAAGACCCCCCUACCUUUAAUUCUGCUCUACAGCUUCCUCAGCCCCAGGACUCACAAGUGCCAAGAACUCCACCUCCAAAGUACAACACUUUACGGAUACACUCUGCUUUUCAUUUGGAGACAAUGGACUCUGAUGAUGAUGAUGUAGAAAGAUUCUAAGUAUUCACUUUGUGGAGAGAAGCUUCAAUCUCUACAUUAGAAACUCCUACUGCCUAGACACUUUAUAAUAAUAAGUGUUGCACUCACCAUGCUCAGCAGGAAUUCUUCAAACUUAGAACAUUGCCGAGAGGUGAUCUUGCUGACGUGGUAUCUUUUGGUGCUUGAAUAUAGGUCUCUAUGGACUUGUUUAUGGUCUGUAUCCCUCACAAUGUGCCACAACCACUUUGACCAACCUCAGAAGUCAGUGGUUGCAACUGUAGCAUGGUCCUCUGACUAAUGUUUUAUAAGGUAGCAAUUAUGGUCUGAUGUAAAUGUGUUGCUGUAGUCUUUCUUCUGUUUCCAAAUAUUUGCCUUCUCUUAAUCAUGCCAGUCAACUGAAGGAUUUUUUAAAAGCUGUGCUUUACUAAAGGGUUCAGGAGCCCAAGGGCUGGGACAUUGCUUACUAUGUGGCUCCAUCUCAUUAUCUGUGUGUUAAAAGACACUUGUGCUGUGCACAUACUAUGAUGCUGCUACUCAAUAAGUGGCAACCCCAACAUGAAGAAGGACUGGUAUCAACCACGGCCUUAUCAAGACGUCAGUGCUCAACUUUCGAGAUCAACAUGCAUGGCCAUCAAUUAAGGUGUCAUUGGAACUUAGCAAUCUGUAACAUUACAGCAAUAAAUGUACCCGCUAUCCAGAUUGCUAUAAGGCCGUGGAGCAAGGCUCGUGGGCAUACCACUCUUGGUUCACAUAAAAUGUCAUUGGAUAUUUGGGACAUGGAUUUCCUGCACAAUAAAAAAACAAAUACAUAUAUAUAUGUCAAUACAUACGCAGAAAUAGAUUUUUUUAAGACAUACAGAUUUAUAUAUUACAAAGACCUGUCUGUACUUGAUUUCAUCAUAUUUAAAAUGUUAUUGCGAAGAUUCUGAUUUUUGUAAUAAAAUACUUUGACAGUA